CAACAAAAGCCUUGGAAUACGUUCGCGCAUAUAUUUUCCAGUCUUUGCUUCCGAUUUUGUAACGUGCAGUAUAUUCGACUAAUGAAGUACUGAUGUUUUUGGGCCCUAUUUUAAUUUGAUCCGGGUUCAUUAACGCGUUUUUUUCAGACCAAAUGUUCAUUUAUUAACGGAACUGAGAAAAUUUGGGGGGUCUGAAAAGUAUCCACGAGUCUUGCUAUUAGAGAGAUAAUAAAGGUUUAUAUAGUGCGACGAGAGGAAGAAGUGGAAGAAAGAAAGAAAGUUGUUGGAAGGAAAGAGAAACCAACUACUGACGUACCGCUGCGGUGUCGCAUGGCCGUCGUGUACAUUUCGAAAUAUAUUGUCGCGUGGUAUUUGCCGUGGAGCAGGUAUAAACGUUAAAAAGAGGAUUCGCACGUGGCUAGACGAUCAUAGAAAGGAACAUACAUAUAAAGUGAGUCUAUCGUGCGGUGUAUAUUUCGACUUAAGACUUAUUCAAAGUACAACGUGUACACGUUAUGUUGAGCACGUUCUCUGACAUAAUCUGGUAUGAACUGGAUCAAAGCAGAACCGUCGGUAAAUGAAUUGGCCAUACGUUUCAGAAGCGAACCUGUGAUGCCCGGUUUUCGCGAGGACGCGGGGCCACUUUAAUCUUUUCAACUAAACUUCCUUCGAAAAAUCUAUCGACACGUAUUAAUUCAGAAGAAAAUCUCAGAAGCCGCGAACACGCGACUCUACGCACAGCAAUGUCCAACGAAGAAACUUCUGCCGACCGCAAUGUCGAGAUUUGGAAAAUAAAGAAACUUAUAAAAAGUCUUGAAAUGGCUAGAGGGAAUGGUACCAGUAUGAUAUCAUUAAUUAUACCCCCUAAAGACCAAAUAUCAAGAGUAAGCAAGAUGUUAGCCGAUGAAUUUGGUACUGCGUCUAAUAUUAAGUCUCGUGUAAAUAGAUUGUCGGUGUUGGGUGCAAUUACAUCUGUACAACAUAGGUUAAAAUUAUAUACCAAAGUGCCUCCGAAUGGCCUGGUUAUAUACUGCGGUACUAUUGUCACUGAAGAAGGCAAGGAGAAGAAAGUUAACAUUGAUUUUGAGCCAUUCAAACCUAUUAAUACUUCUUUGUAUCUUUGUGAUAACAAGUUCCACACAGAAGCCCUUACUGCAUUGUUAGCCGAUGAUAAUAAAUUUGGCUUUAUUGUCAUGGAUGGUAAUGGCGCAUUAUUUGGUACUUUACAAGGAAAUACGCGUGAAGUUUUACAUAAAUUUACUGUUGAUCUACCGAAGAAACAUGGUAGAGGAGGUCAAUCAGCUCUUCGCUUUGCUCGGUUACGUAUGGAAAAAAGACAUAAUUAUGUCAGAAAAGUUGCUGAAGUAGCUACACAACUUUACAUUACCAAUGAUAAGCCUAAUAUUGCUGGGUUGAUAUUAGCAGGAAGUGCUGACUUUAAAACUGAACUGAGUCAGUCAGAUAUGUUUGAUCCUAGAUUACAAGCAAAAGUUAUAAAAUUAGUUGAUGUGUCUUAUGGAGGAGAGAAUGGUUUUAAUCAGGCUAUUGAAUUAGCGGCAGAAUCUUUGCAAAAUGUAAAAUUCAUCCAAGAAAAAAAACUAAUUGGUCGUUAUUUUGAUGAAAUUUCUCAAGAUACUGGAAAAUAUUGUUUUGGUGUAGAAGAUACAUUAAGAGCUUUGGAGUUAGGUAGUGUAGAAACGUUAAUUUGUUGGGAGAAUUUAGAUAUUCAACGAUAUGUUUUAAAAAAUCACACAAAUGCAGAAGAGAAAGUAUUGCAUUUGACUCCUGAACAGGAGAAAGACAAAACUCAUUUUACUGAUAAAGAGAGCGGAGUAGAACUUGAAUUGGUGGAGUGUCAACCACUUCUUGAAUGGCUUGCGAAUAACUAUAAGAGUUUUGGUGCCACAUUGGAAAUUAUUACUGACAAGUCGCAGGAAGGAUCACAAUUUGUCAGAGGGUUUGGUGGAAUUGGAGGAAUCCUCCGCUACAAAGUUGACUUCCAGUCACUGCAGGCCGAUGAGCCUCUUGAUGAUGUUGACCUCGAUGAUUACUAAUUUCAUCCAUGAGAUAUUCAAAGUCAACCAGCUCGCAUACUGGGAAAGGUAUUCUACGUUACAAAGUGGACUUCCAAAGUAUGCAGCUGGAAGAUAUUGAAAUUGAUAGUUUCGAUCUGGAUGACUAUUAAAUCCCUGAUUUGACAAAAACACAAUCCUCUUAGCUUUGAAAUGGAAAUUAUUACGUUCCUCUUUGCAUUAUAUUUCAAAAAAAAUAUGCAAAGAUGCACGUUACAAAAUAAUUAUUUGAUGUGGUACAUAGGGUAUCAUCAGGAAAUUAUUGUGAACAUCAAGCAGCUAGCAAUUUAUUACACAGGGACAGUGCGGCAAAAUGGUGCGUUGGUAACAGUUGAUACCUGUUAAAAACAACAAAGGCAACUCGAAGACUGUGACACUUAAUUAAGCCAGCUUGAUAUCUGCCUACUCCACACAUUACCUACUAUGUUCUUUGAUUAUUCACAUGGAUUUAUUUAAUUACUUGCUCAAACAAUGGUACCAUGUAGAAUUGUUACAGCAUAUGAUUUGAGAUAUAUCAUUUUCUAUCACAUCGAUGUUUAUCAUCUUGUCAUCGUGCUAUUAAAAGAAAAAAAAAUGGUUAUCAGAUGUUCAUAAGUACAGUUCUAGCAUAAUUUUUGUUCACAUACGAUCAUAGCUGAGCUGUAAUAAACUGAUUGUCAUAAACUUAAAUGUGCGUAUCGUGCAUUCUAUACCAAUUGCAAAAUUCAUAUGAAUAAUAAAAAGCUCUGUACAUAUACAUAAAUUUUUAAUGGCACAGUUGCCUUAGGAGAAACAAAAUCUUUCCGUCUUAAUGAGUGAUACACAUACAAAUGUAAGAACAGUUUCUUAAAAAUUGAUAUUGCUUUAUUGCUGGCUCGCGAUUAUUAGAUUUUGUACACCCAAGACUGUACAUAACAAAUGCUUUAUAAGCGUAUCAAUCUAAUCUCUUAAUUGUUGAAGAGGUACGCCUCGAUGGUAAGAAUAACAAAAGAAGAAGUUACUAAAGAUAUUACAAAUAUUAUAAUUAAAUUUUUAAUUUCUCUUGCUUAUUUGUACAAUGCCUUUGUAAUAAACAGUACUGUAAAUGUAUAAAUGUGAAGAGAAUGCAAUGUGCGAUGUUGGCAAUGUUUUCUUAUAUAAAAAAAAAAAAAAGAAAGAAAAAGAUAAAAUAUUAUAAGGAAUAUUUUUUUUUAAUGCUGUGAAAUUUUCGAUAAAUGAUGACUCUGUUCAUAUAUUUCAUUUGCAUUACAAUUAUUCUGUGCAAGGCAUACAUCCUAAAGUACUAUUUUACGAUGAGCAAGAUUAAUAAAAAUAUGAUUUGCUGUCGUGUACAACGAAUUUUUAAUAGAUUUAAAAAAAAAAGGUAACGAUAUAUCUAUUUGAUGAUAGUCUUUUUUUUUUUUAAAUUUAAAUGAAAGAAAUUUUUGAAUGUUUAAAUUAAUAGACUAUAUAAUAUCAAAGAUUUUAAAGAGGCCGUGAUUUAAUGUAUCUUGGAUAAAUAUAACUAAUAUAAUUUUCAAAUAUAUUUUUGAACAACAAAUACUUUGUGUUGUAGGUGUCUUAAUAUAUUAUGCUUAUUUUGUUUUAAAGAAAAUUUUUAUAUUAAUUUUGUCUUCAACAUUUUUUAAUGUCGUGAAUUAUUUGUUGGUAUAAAGAAUUGCAGAAAGUAUGAUUUUAAAUAUACGUACAAUUUGGAUCACUAUUGAAAUAUUGUAGAGAGAAUAUUAAAUUGCGAAAUAUAUAUACACACACACAUAUAUAUAUGUGAAGUUUUUUAAUUAGGCAUAAUUUAAUUCGGAAGAGGAUUAAUAAAGAAUUAUAACUAUAAAAUUCAUAAACAUUUGAAUCAUUUCGAUGAGAAUGGAUAUUUACACUGCCGAAUAGAAAAUGACGCAAUAAGGUAUCGCCGAGCACAAUAUCUAUUAUAAAAAUAAGUUUAAUUUGGAACUGUUCGUUGUUUACAUUACUAUUAGCUCAUAAAAAUACAUUUAGAAGUUCAUAGAUUAUUUUCAAACUAUUUUAAUAUUACAAAUGUAUAUCUUACUCGAUCAACGACCAAUUAACAUUUAAAACAAAUGAUCAUAAAUGUAAUAUCUCAAUCAUCUCAUGAUUUAUUAUCUUUCAUUCGAUAAUAAAUUUCCGUUCGAUAAACGUUCAUAAUAAUCAUGAAAAAAACAAAAAAAAGAAAACAGAAAGACCAAUAGACUUAAUUUUUAAUUUUGUAUACAACAUUAUAUUUAUGCAGAGGAGCUUUUUCGUACUAAUAUGUACGAAUUAUAGCCUAUCACGAAGAGUCAAGGAGCAUAUACUUUUAUAUAUUCAUUCAAACAAUUCACCAUUGGGUAAUGUUCCAAAUGAUAAAAUUAAACAUCAAAUUCUUAAAGGAAAUAUGUUCUUUUGAUAAUAUGCAAUAAAUGAGGGAAAGUAUUCAUUUAAGGAUUUAAAUGGAAAAUAUUGCCGCGCAAUAUUUUGACAGUGCAUGGCAGCUGAUACUCGAUUGGCUACUAAUUAAACCUGCAGUAACCACGUGAUCUUCAAAUGAUACUACAAUAUAGUAUCUUCAUUAACGUUAUAUUACUGUGAUUAAUAAAUAUAUUUGAUUUAAACAAAAAGAAAAA